AUGGUGGUACCUCAUAUUGGCAGCGACGCCGACGCGGCGACCAUCCGGAUGGUGGUACCUCAUAUUGGCACCGACGCCGACGCGGCGACCAUCCGAAUAGUGGUACCUCAUAUUGGCAGCGACACCGACGCAGCGACCAUCCGGAUGGUGAUACCUCAGAUUGGCAGCGACGCCGACUUGGCAACCAACCGGAUGGUCUGGUACCUCAUCAGCGACGCCGACUCGGCGACCAUCCGGAUGGUGGUACCUCAUAUUGGCAGCGACACCGACGCGGCGACCAUCCGAAUAGUGGUACCUCAUAUUGGCAGCGACACCGACGCAGCGACCAUCCGGAUGGUGAUACCUCAGAUUGGCAGCGACGCCGACUUGGCGACCAACCGGAUGGUCGUACCUCAUAUUGGCAGUGACGGCGACGCGGCGACCAUCCGGAUGGUGGUACCUCGUCAGCGACGCCGAUUCGGCGACCAUCCGGAUGUUGGUACCUCGUCAGUGACGCCGACGCGUUAG